AUUGAUGAUGUGUACAGAGUAGGGCAGACAUUUUGGCUCAAUCAGGAAGCCAGUUUCACUAAAUCGCGAACUUUGAGCUAUAUUUGAUCAUUCAUACAGACACCUGACGGUAAAGGUUCUGGUCAGAACAGGAUGGUUCGGGUGGUGUUUCUGCACCCUGAUCUGGGUAUAGGUGGAGCGGAGCGUCUGGUGGUGGAUGCAGCUGUAGCUCUGCGAUCUCGCGGCUGCACUGUUCAGAUCUGGACGGCACACUAUGACCCCCAGCACUGCUUCUCUGAGACUCUCUCACCUGACCUGCCUGUGCUGUGUGUGGGCGACUGGCUGCCCACCAGUGUGUUUGGUUAUUUCCACGCUCUCUGUGCAUACCUGCGCAUGAUCUACCUAACUCUCUAUCUUGUGCUCUUUAGUGGGGAGGAGUUUGAUGUUAUUUUCUGUGAUCAGGUUUCAGCAUGUAUUCCCUUUUUACGUUUGGCACGUCACAGGAAGAAAGUCUUAUUCUACUGUCAUUUCCCUGACCAACUACUGACUCAGCGUCGCUCUGCUCUAAAGCGGCUAUAUCGCGGCCCCAUCGACUGGUUUGAGGAACUGACCACAGGCAUGGCCGAUCGAAUUUUGGUCAACAGCCAGUUCACGGCAGAAGUCUUCAAACAGACGUUCCCCAAACUAGCUGAGAUCCACACCGACGUCCUCUAUCCCUCUCUGAACUCUGCAGCUUUCAAUGAUGAAGUGGAGGAUCUCAGCGGGCUGCUCCCUGAAGGGCGAAGCUUCCUCUUUCUGUCAAUCAACCGCUAUGAACGCAAGAAGAACCUGCCGUUGGCGCUGCAAGCGUUAGCGGUCCUGAAGGAGCGUCUGUCUACGGGGGAAUGGGAGCGUGUGCAGCUUGUAAUGGCGGGGGGUUACGAUGAACGCGUGGUUGAGAAUGUAGAGCACUACGAAGAGCUGCGCUCACUAGUGGCCUCUCUUGGCCUGGAGGACCAUGUCACAUUCCUGCGCUCUUUUUCAGACAAACAGAAACUGUCUUUGCUGCACAGCAGCACUUGUGUACUGUACACCCCCAGCAAUGAACACUUUGGCAUUGUACCCAUUGAAGCCAUGUACUCACGUUGCCCCGUUAUUGCAGUUAACUCGGGUGGACCGCUAGAGUCUGUGGCCCAUGACGAAACAGGCUUCCUCUGUGAACCCACCCCCGAGUGCUUCUCCGAAGCAAUGCAGAAGUUUGUUUCAGACCCUAAACUCAAGCAGCGUAUGGGACAGGCUGGCAGAGAGCGGGUACAGCAGCGCUUUUCGCUGCAGGCCUUUACUGAGCAGCUCUACAGUCAUAUCACCAACCUUACCCAAUAACCAAUUAUGACAUCAUAAAGGCCACUCCGCUUCGGACCAGCACACGGAUGCAUCCUACCUGUCCGGUUGCCGUGGAGGGACUAAUGAAAGUAUGUCGUCACUAAUGAAAGAAAAGAGCAGCAGGAGUUAACAUGGCUUAAGAGUAUAAUACAAGCCUUGAAGAAUGUGGAGCACUCGUCCGACCGAGAGGGUAAUGAAUUAUUGUGCGCCAGCCACAUUGAUCAAGCUGGUCACUGCGAGGCCUGAGGACCGUAUGUGUGUGCAUUUUUUUAUGCCGAAGGACCAUUAGAGAGUUUCUCGGACAGAAAUCGAUAGAGAAGUUUCUGUGCCCUGCUCUGUUCACCAGUGUCUAUGCUUUUGUUUAGUGAUAACAAUAGAGGAUGUUACGAGUUAUUAAAGUCUCAAACUAAAGAUGCUCAUAAUAAGGUUGUUUGAGUAGAAAAGAAGUUUUCCUAGGACACUGAAGGUCAUAUGCUGUAUUGGGUUUGAGGUUGUUACUGAUUGUGUAUCUCCUCAUGCUAUUGAUACAAGACCAAAGCCCAGAUUAAAUGAGAUGCUGUGUCGUGUUUGACUUUGUCAUUUGAAGCUUUUCUUUUUUUGUAUACAUUGGAUACAGACUGACCAGACAGAACAGUGGCCUAUUUACUUCAAAUUAAAACAGAUCACUGUUGUGUUAACAUUUUUUGUUUUAUUUAAUUUGACCAACCGUUUUGUAUUUUUGAGCAUUUUAUUUUCAAAUUUUCCAAAACCCCAUUUUUGGGAUAGUUAAUCUAAAAUGAAAAUCCUUUCAUUAUUUAAUCACCCUCAUGUUGUUUCAAACUUGCAUGACUAACUUUCUUCUGCUAAACAAAGAAAUUUCAACUGUUUUUGUGCAUAUAAUAAAAUACGUUUUUUGGACCCCA